AUGAAAUUUAUUGAUAUUGGUGUUAACUUAACAGACCCUAUGUUCAUAGGUCAAUAUAAUAAUAAUGGUAAACAAUAUCAUGAAGCAGAUUUAAAACAAGUUUUAGAGAGAGCAUGGUCAAUUGGAAUGGAAAAAAUUAUUAUUACUUCAGGAAGAUUAAGUGAAGUUAAAGAAUCAUUAGAAUUAAUUAAAACUUAUAGUGAAGAAAACAACAACAACAAUAAAAAUAGACUAUUUACAACAAUUGGUGUACAUCCAACAAGGUGUUCACAAGAAUUAAUUAAUACCACUAAUGGUAAUGAUGAAAUCAAAAAAGAAUAUAUUGAAGAAUUAUUAACAAUUUAUAAUGAAAAUAAAGAAAAGAUAAUUGCAAUUGGUGAAUUUGGUUUAGAUUAUGAUAGAUUGGAAUUUUGUUCAAAAGAAAUUCAAUUGAAAUGUUUUGAAUAUCAAUUUCAAUUAUCAGAGAGAACAGAAUUACCUUUGUUUUUACAUCUUCGAGGUGCGGCUGAAAGUGGUGCAUGUUCAGAUUUCAUUGAUAUCAUUAAAAGAAAUAGAAGUAGAUUCACUGUUGGUGUAGUUCAUUCUUUUACUGGUACUUUGGAUGAAUUAAAUAAACUAUUGGAAUUGGAUGAUGGCAUUUAUAUUGGUGUAAAUGGUUGUUCUUUAAAAACUCAAGAGAAUUUAGAUGUAGUUUCAAAAAUUCCAAUCAAUAGAUUAAUGAUUGAAACUGAUGCACCUUGGUGUGAUAUUCGUAAAACUCAUUCAAGUUUUAAAUAUAUUAAAACCAAUUUUCCAACUUUAAAAAGAGAUAAAUUUAAAUUAGGUUCUUGUGUUCAAAAUAGAAAUGAACCAUGUAAUAUUAUAAAUGUUUUAGAAGUUAUUUCUGGUUUAAAUGGUGGGAAUAUGGAAGAAAUAUCAGAUCAGAUUUAUAAAAAUACUAUAAAAGUGUUUUUUCCAGAUCUGGAAAAUAAAUAA